AUGAAUUUCACGAGGAAUCGUUUACUGGAACAGAAUUUUGGAAUGUGCAUCAGCCCUCAAGAUCUAAUAGUCCCUUGCUAUGCAUCUAUUGGACCAAAUUACCACAGGCCGUGGAAGUGGUGCAUCGACAGUGAAGUCAAAGAUUUUGGGUCAACAAUAGAUGACCAAAAAGAUAAGUUCCAAAUUACUUUAGAUGUACAACAUUUUCUACCGAAUGAAAUUAGUGUCAAAGUUAUAGGUAAAGAAAUUAUUGUGGAAGGUAAACACGAAGACAGACAAGAUAACCACGGGGUUGUAUCGAGACAGUUCAAAAGACGAUAUGUUUUACCAAAUGAAUGUCUCUCAGAACAAGUAUCUUCAACUUUGUCUUCCGAUGGAUUACUCAGUGUAAUAGCUCGCAAAAAGACCACGAAUAUGCAUGAUAAAGAAAUAACAGUGCCAAUUGAAAUGUGUGGUCCAAGUUUGAAAAAGGAAGCAGAAAUGAAGACAGAAAGUAACUUUAGACAAUUAGAAGAUAACAGAAAUAAUGACGUAGAAGUCAAAAAUCUGGUGAAUUUUCGACCCAAAGAAGAUUUAUGUUUUCUGGAAACAAAUAAAAGUAACAAUGUUUUAAUGUGUGCUGAUAAAAUGCAAAUGGAGGCAAGAAAAGAAACAGAUAAGUUAAGAAUGACUUCUGAUAUUGUACAAAUGGAUGCUUGUACUUCUCAAAUGAAAUCUGAAAAUAUAGUUGAGCAAUCAAAGGCUUCUAUGGAAGAAUUGAUAGAAAAGGUAUCAGAGACAAAUGUUACUAAUACAACAGAGACAUCCAAAUUUAAAAGCAUGAAGGAAUGUCUAGCCAGUGAAGAGAUUUCUUCAUAUAAAUCUUCCAUCACAUCACGUAUGAAGAUGUCAGGUGAACAAAUUAGUGAGUUUGUUAGUGAAGCUAUCAGUGCAGAGCUAAAGGAGGCAGCUGAAAAUAUUUAAUUCAAGCACUAUUGACACAAGUAUUACUUACAUUUAUUGCACAUACUAAAAAGUUUUACUUAUUUUACUUAUAUUUUACAUCAUUACAUCUUCUCAAAGGUUUGCUUUUAAUAAAACCCCACAAAAAUAAAAAUUUCUUAUGAAAGUAUCAUGUAAUAUUUGAGAUCAAUGUGGGAAAAAACUGGUGAAGAUAAAAGUUUAUCAAAUAAAUAAAAGAAUAAAUAAUUUACCAUUUUAUACAGCUUAUCAUUUUUAUGUCCAUUAGGCAACAUAAUGCGCGUACCUACACACACCAUAAUGCAACAUAACCAUCAUAGUCAAUAUUCGUUUUUUGACACUCAAAAACAU